AUGUUCGAGAAAGAUAAGAAUUCAAUAAUACCAUACUAUGCUGCUUUCUCACAAACAAUGGAUAUUCUAAAGAACGAAAAAAUGGAUUUAACAAUUAGAUCCCCAAGCAACAAAACUCUUUUGCAUUAUGCAACUUGUUAUAACAAUGUAGAUAUGUGUAAAUUUUUAUUAGACAAUUUAGAGACAUAUCAUAUUGAUAUUGAUGCUGGAGAUAAUAUGAGUCAAACACCUCUUCAUAUUGCAGUUAAUUUUAAUAAUAUAGAAAUAACAAUGCUUCUUAUUUCGUAUGGUGCAAAUAUCAAGGCUGAAAGUUUUGGCGAAUGGACUGUUCUUCAUUGGGCAGCGGGAUGUAAUUGCAGUAGAGAAUUAACAGAAUACCUUAUCUUGCAUGGUGCUGAUAUUAAUGCAAAAGAUAUUUUAGGGAGAACAGCUCUUCAUUAUGCAGCAAAAAUUAACAAUAAAGAUGUUGUUGAAAGUCUUGUGAUGCAUGGCGCUGAUAUCAAUGCAAAAGAUGAAAAGGGAUACACAGCUCUUCAUCACGCAGCAAGAGAUAAUUGCAAAAAAAUAGCGAAAAUUCUAAUUAUGAAUGGAGCUAAAGUAAAUGUAACAGAUAUUAAUUGUGAAAAUCCUAUUCAUUGUGAUGAAAAAUUAACUGAUUUUCUGAUUUCUCUUGGAGCUAAUAUAAAUGCAAAAGAUAAUCAAGGGAAAACACCUCUUUUUUAUUCAGUAGCAAGAAAGAGUAGACAAACAGUAGAGACGCAAAUUUUGCAUGGUGUUGAUAUCAAUGCAAAGGAUAAUGAUGGAAGAACAGCCCUUUAUGAAACAGUUAUUAAUAACAACGAAGAAAUGGCAAAAGUCCUUGUAACUCAUGGAAUAAAAAUCAAUUCAAAAGACAAUGAAGGGAAAACUGCCCUUCAUCACGCCGCAAUUAUGGGUUUCAUGGAAAUUGCAGAGUUCCUUAUUUUGAAUGGGGCUGAUAUAAAUCCAAAAGAUAAAAAUGGACAAACUCCCAUUGAUGCUGCAUUAGAUGCAGGAAAUAAAGAAAUGGCAAACUUUCUUAGUUCAAAAUCAAAGUGUCCUUUAAUGUAUUUAUUGUAA